ACCAGGCCUCUACCCACUCCCUGGGAGCCUGCGUGCCAGCAGCCUGGAACCCAGAGCCUCUCCUGGAGCCUGCACAAUGAAUCCAGACUGAAGCCGAUGUCUAGCGAGACGGACGUGCAAUCCAGCCAGGGGGCAGCCGAAUUUUGAGAGGCUUGAAUGCCUCUGCGUCCGCCAGGGCACCGCUGGGACAAAUUCUCUUGGCAAACUUGUGGCCAGCCAAUACUGCCAUGCUUCACAUCCCCGUUAUCCUUGGUUACCGCCCAAGAUUGGCUUACAGAAGAGAUGAAAUGUGGUCGGAGGGACGGUAUGAUUAUGAAAGAUUUCCAAGAGAACGAGUACCUCCUCGAAGUCACCCCAGUGAUGGCUACCAUAGAGUAGUUAAUAUUGUGCCAAAGAAACCACCACUGCUAGACAGACCUGGUGAAGGAAGCUACAGUAGAUAUUACAGUCAUGUUGAUUACCGAGACUAUGACGAGGGCCGCAGUUUUUCUCAUGAUCGAAGAAGUGGUCCACCUCACAGAGGAGAUGAAUCUGGCUAUAGGUGGACAAGAGAUGAUCAUUCUGCCAGCCGACAGCCUGAUUACAGGGAUAUGAGAGAUGGCUUCAGAAGAAAAAGCUUCUACUCUUCCCAUUAUGUGAGGGACCGGUCUCCUCAUAAAAGAGAUACUCCUUUUUUCAGAGAAUCACCUGUAGGCCGAAAGGAUUCUCCUCAUAGCAGAUCUGGCUCCAGUGUCAGCAGUAGAAGCUACUCUCCAGAAAGAAGCAAAUCGUACUCUUUUCACCAGUCUCAACAUAGAAAGUCCGUGCGUGCUGGUGCCUCCUACAAACGGCAGAAUGAAGGAAAGCCAGAAAGAGGUAAAGAAAGGCCUGUUCAGGCAUUGAAAACAUCGAGAGACACUUCACCCUCAAGUUCUUCAGCAGUUCCUUCAUCAAAGGUGUUAGACAAACCCAGUCGGCUAACUGAGAAGGAACUUGCUGAGGCUGCAAGCAAGUGGGCUGCUGAAAAGCUGGAGAAGGCAGAUGAGGGAGCCUUACCUGAAAUUUCUGAGUAUGAGGCAGGCUCCACGGCACCAUUGUUCAUUGACCAACCAGAAGAACCUGAGUCCAAUGCAACAGAUGGCAUAGAAUUAUUUGAAGACAGUCAGCUAACCACUCGUUCUAAAGCAAUAGCAUCAAAAACCAAAGAGAUUGAACAGGUUUACAGACAAGACUGUGAAACUUUCGGGAUGGUUGUGAAAAUGCUGAUUGAAAAAGAUCCUUCGUUAGAAAAGUCUAUACAAUUUGCAUUGAGACAGAAUUUACAUGAAAUAGGUGAGCGGUGUGUCGAAGAACUGAAGCAUUUUAUUGCAGAGUAUGACACCUCUAGUCAAGAUUUUGGAGACCCUUUUUAGAAAUUACUUGCUCAGGCAAAAAAAAAAAAAAUUCUAGAUUCCUCCCUCCCCUCCCCUUCCCUCCCCUCCAUUGUGCAUUAAAUCCUUAAUAUAUGGAAUUUUUGUGAUGAAGAGAAAUACUUUAUGAUAGUUGACCACAUUCCAAUAUCAGAUAAACAUCUAAAAUAGUCUAAGAUAUUUUAUUUACAGGUAGAGCCACCCAGUCCAUACGUAUCGCCCCUCCCCCACCCUCUAAAAUAAUGGGUCAAUUAAUUUUUCAAACUUUGAAAAAGCAGUCAUGAAGGUCAGGACUUACUCUGGUCUGUCAUCUUCCAUAGACUACAGGCAUUAGCUUGGUUACACUAGUGUCAUUUAUAGGUUAGAGAUCAUUCCACUUGAACAUUUUCAGUCUUUUUCAUUUCAGAUCCAAUGAUACCAUGUGACAUGUUAGAAUUUUGAGUUGUGGCAUUUUUGACUUGUUGCUUGUUUAUCUUAGAUUUUGUCACUUCAAGUGUAUUUAAGGAUACUAUCCCAAAAAACUGAGUACUUUGGUAUCUUAGAGAAUAUUUGCUUUGAGAAUGAUUCUCAUUGUGAUAAAAUAGAGCACUUACAUUUCUAGAAGACACCUCAUAAUAAAAUCUUGUUUCCUGAAGAGAUGAACUCAUGUCUUCUAUUAAAAUAAACCUAAAAAAAAAAAAAAAUUCUUAAAAUUCCUGACUAUUCUGACUGAUGUGUGAGUCUUAAACACUAUUAUAUAUAAGUCUAAGAGAGGAGGGGGGGGCAAUUUGAGAUGAACAAUGAGGACUUUUUAAGUUGAAAUUUCUUUAAAAUUUUUCUAAUUGAAAGAGAAAAAUUUAGACUAUAAAGGAGUAAGGGGGUUUCAUUUUUCCGUUUGUCCAUAUUCCCCAUCUCAAGAAGGAAGGUGACUGACUGAUCACUUGUCCAUGAUUAGACCAUUUAUAGAUUAUGCCUUUGUUAAUCUCUACUUGUAGUCUAACAAGUUAGUUAUACUGCUGCAGGCCUUGUUAGGGGUUCUUAACCCUGCGAAAGUGUUCUUUAAAAAAAAAGUCAGAGCAGGCAGUGAGCCCAACCAACUACCUUCACCAGGCUGUCUGUGGAAACAAUGAAAAAGCUGUCCAGAUCACGGGUUAGUGAAGAAUCUAGCAAUUCGGAUAGUCCAUUUCCUGGUGACUCACAGCUGCCCAGUGGCAUUUGUCCAAAAUAUCUAAUGUUGUGGCAUUAGUUAGGAAACCUUAAAAAUCAUGUUUGUUUUUACUACCCAAUUUCUUUAUCCUCCCCAUCCUCUUUCCAUUUCCACUUCUCAUUUGAAUUUUGGCAUUAUUUUUUGUGACCUCUGUUGAUAAUAUCUAAAGAGCCACCACAGAGUAGAUAAAAAUUACAUUAAAAACAGAAAAUAGCAGAAUAAAUAAUUAUAGUAUAUCCUAUAAUGAGGUGUCUCAUUAUGCCAUUCCAUAAAUUUAAAAAAUAGUUAAAGGCAGCAAUAUUUUCUUAAGUUCCCUAUAUAAAAGCACAUUGGAUUUUUAUUUUUGCCAUUGGUAUGUUGUACAUAAGCCAACCCCCACCCAUCAUCUCUGAUGAGAAUAAAUAUUCUAAUCCAGGAUUUUUUUUCAGUCAAGAUCUCCUAAGUUUGAAAAUAAAACUUGAGAUACUACCGUUGAGGCAGAAGAGUUGUUUACAUUGUUGAAAUUAAGUAUACUAGAGAUGUUUUCCUAACAGAUGCAUUUAAAUGUAGCUUCAACAGAUAAAUUUUUUCUUCCUGUUCCCCAAUUAUAUUCACCACCUAAAGCUGUUUGUAGCUUGCUAUCAGCGUUGCCCUGAUAGGCUUGUCAGUGUUAAAUAUGUUUGUUUUUUCUAAGCUGUUUGUUUACUUGCAGGAUAGACGAAUUCAGAUGUGUAUCAGUGUGUAUUUUGCAAAAUGUUCUUGAUUAAAAAAUUUGUUUGUAAAUUAUCCAUUGUUUCUGAGUAACUCAAUUGAUGUGAUACAAUUUUCAUUCUCUUACUAUAAAGCCUUGAUGGUCAACAGGGAAAGCAACUAUUGUGAAGUUACUUGUGAACUUUAAAAGUGCAAAAUAAAGCAACCAGGUUGGAAUCGAUUGUAUUUUUUUCUCUUUAACAGG